AAAAAAUUGCAGAUUUCCCCUCCCCAAGCCAUUCAAUCUAACAACUCAAACACCACCAGGCACCAACUAACAGCCUAUCAAACUCAUCUUAUAUGGCCUUUGUUUUCUUCAUUAAAAGCUUCAUCAUGCUGCAUUCUCCCUUAAGUUCCCUCACCUCAUCUCACUCCUUUUCUUCUCACAAGAUGGGAAGUGGUCAAUUUCGUUCUGUGAAUACUUUUCUUCUAAUUAUAUGUCUUUUUGUCAUAUUUGUUCAACAAUCAUCCAAUGCCUUGUUGCUAGAGCUUUCUCAUAACUCUAAGAGAUCAUCAGAAUCAAUUAGCAGCGGCUGCGAUAUCUUCCAAGGAAGUUGGAGCUACGAUGACACAUAUCCCCUUUACAAUGCGUCUUCUUGUCCAUUCAUCGAGAAGCCAUUUGAUUGCCAGGGAAAUGGCCGCCCUGAUCAACUCUAUCUCAAGUUCAAAUGGAAGCCCAACCGAUGUGAAUUGCCUCAAUUUAAUGCUCCACAUUUCUUGAGGAAAUUUAGAGGGAAGAAGAUAUUGUUCGUAGGGGAUUCACUGAGCCUCAAUCAAUGGCAGUCCCUUGCAUGCAUGUUGCACGCAGCUCUGCCCCAAUCAAAUUACAAUCUUCAAAAGAAAGGCAACCUCUCUACUUUUACUUUCAGGGAAUAUGAUGUUUCUUUGAUGCUAUCUCGUAACGCAUUUCUGGUGGAUUUGGUGGAAGAGAAUAACAGAAGAAUUCUGAAGCUUGACUCCAUACAAAAUGGGGAUGCAUGGAGGGGUUAUGACGUGCUUAUUUUUAACACUUGGCAUUGGUGGCUCCACAAAGGAAGAUCAAGAUCGUGGGAUUAUUUUCAAGAAGGAAACAAACUUUAUAAAGACAUGGAUCCUUUGGUUGCAUUUGAGAAGGGCCUGAAAACAUGGUCCAGGUGGGUGGACUCUAACGUGGCUCCUUCCAAAACCCAAGUCCUUUUUCAGGGCAUCUCUCCAACCCAUUACGAUGGCAAGGAAUGGGAUGCUCCAAUAGCAAAAUCUUCAUGCAUUGGGCAAACUCGGCCGAUCCUGGCUCCUGAAUACCCUGCCGGACCACCACCACCUGCGGCGGUGGUGAAGAAAGUACUGGCUAACAUGUCCACCCCGGUGACUUUGCUAGAUGUAACCACACUUUCACAGCUAAGGAAAGAUGGGCAUCCUUCAAUUUAUGGUGAUGGCCCUGAUAGCCAUGAAGGAAAGGAUUGCAGCCAUUGGUGUCUACCUGGUGUUCCUGAUGCUUGGAAUGCACUAUUGUAUGGAAUCCUUGUGAGAAAUGGACAACUAAAAUGACAGUUGAUUCAUUCAUUGAUUCAAUUAAUGCAGCUAUCUAGUGAAGAAAAACAAACUAUUGUUGAAUUUUAUCCUUUUCUUUUUGGAUAGAAUAAUAUUAUUUGUUUUUAUUUGGUUGAAGCUAAUGGUGACUCUUGUACGUGACAAUUGCAAUCAAAGGAGCAUAUAUUUGCCC